UGUCAUUAACAGUCAUUCGAAGUAGCUUGAGCUAAAUAUCAGUUAGCCAGCAAGGUUUUUGACAUUAUGGUCCUGAUGCCAAGAGAGUCUGCGAAGCUAGUUGCUAGCUUGGCGAAGGAUGUAUUCAUCGAGCAAGCAGGUGUAAAAAAAUUGGCAUUGGCGAUCCUCGAUGGUUUAAAGACCGGUAAGAUCCGCAAGGGCAAUUUUUCGCAAAUCAGAUUCCACCCCAAGCCCGACGAUUCCAGGGCAGCAGACUGGAUAUUCGUGCUGGACACGUUGAACUUUUCAUUUUGGACCGAGACGGGUACGAAAAAGUGGAACGUCAAUGGAGAGACCGGCUAAUUUGCGUUCUGUGCCGCUGUCAGCCGAGCCAUUGAUGAAGGGAAACCUAUGUGGGAUCCCAAGUAUUAUUCGCAGAUAACGCAACAAGAUGCAGACAUAAUUUUUCGAGGUGACAAUGAAGUUAAAAUUCCACUUAUACACGACAGAAUUAAGGGCUUGCAUGAGGCUGGAAAGGUUCUGUUGCACAAGUAUAAAGGUACAUUUGUGGAAUGUAUCAAGUCGUGUAAAGGCUCCGCGGAGAAGCUGCUCCAACUGAUUAUCAAAGAAUUUGAGUCAUACCGGGAUGAGGCUGAUUACGAAGGAUAUAGGAUCAGCAUUUACAAGAGGGCUCAGAUAUUGAUCGGCGACAUCUGGGCCUGCUUCGAGGGACGCGGGCUUGGCGAAUUCCAUGAUAUCGACAGCAUCGCAAUGUUCGCCGAUUACCGUAUCCCUCAAGUGCUUGUACAUUAUGGCACUAUGCGCUACAGUGACUCGCUUAUGAGCAAGUUGAAAUCCGACGAGCCGUUGAAACAAGGCAGCAGGGAAGAGGUUGAAAUACGUACUUGCUCAAUCGAGGCGGUCGAGCAGGUGCGCAACGAGGUGCGAAGAUUGAUCGCUGCCAAUUCGAAAUUGGACCUGAAUCCGUCGAUGGAUGUUAACGCGAUCGUGAUCGACCAUUACCUGUGGGACUAUCGGCGAGAGUAUGCGCAAGAAUUGGAACACAUACCAUUCCACAAAACAAGAACCAUUUACUACUAGUUACUAGAGGAUUGCACAGGAUGCAAAGAUAUCGCCUAAAUAAAAAAAUUAGGAAGUUCCAUAUAUCAAAUUCCAAAGAAAUCUAAUUACGUCUGUUCUUUCAAUA